UAUGAAAACAUAUCGGACGUUGAUUUUUUUCCAUCUUAUUUUGAAAAUGUGAUACUAUUUUGGCUAUUGCGCAUUACUUUACCUUCAUUUGAUAACUACCACUACCCUUCCGCUAGAAGGCUAGAAUUUCGAAACCUCAUUUUUCAAAAUCUAUACAAAGUAAUAAAUAGGUGGAAUAGUUCAAUACAAAUCCUAUUUACGACAGUGUUACUUUGAAUGUUUAUUGAAGUAUUUACGAUAUAUAAAUUGUAUCAAGACAGUACUAAAUAUUGGCAUCCAAUAAUACUGUAGAAUGAUUUACAUGAUGCUAAACUGGGUUCAAAGAUCUGGAGAUGUUUAGGGGAAAUAAAUAUCUAAUAAGUGAGACAAGCAUGUCUCAUUUUUGUUUAUUUCAAUAAUGAUUUAUAUCACACAUUUAGGAUUAAAUUCACCUGUUUUGGAAGAAAAAUGACAUUCUAUGUGAAAGAAAGGAAUAAAGGUUUGGGUGAAGUGUUGCGAUCAUUCUUAAAAGCAGUUUAUGCAGCAUUUUACACUGACAUAUUAUAUUAACGGUCUUUCAAAAACAGACAUUUAAAGACAUCAGUCAUGGGACAAACAGAGUCAAAGGUGGUCGAAUGGAAAGCUAAAACAAUACCCUGCCCAGAGCUUCCCUGGAAUGUUGUUGAUGACAUGGAUCUCUUAAGACGUUUCCUUUACCUCGGGGCAGAAACUAUGUACAGUCCAUCACAUGUAGAUCCAGAACAAAAGUAUGCCGAUCUCAUAUACAGAUUGAUUACAGAAGAAAGAGGAAAAGAAGUUGUAAAACUUAUAGCAAGGAUAAGUUAUCGUGGAUUGGCUCCAAGGCAGAAUUACAUAAUAUUUGCGCUUGCAGUCUGUGCGAGAUCAAACGAUGACGAAACUAAGAAGAUGGCAUAUGACGUUCUAUGUCAGAUUUGUCGUAUUCCUACCCAUUUUUUCAUGUUUGUAAACUAUUGCAAACUAGAAAGUGGUAGAUCCCAACCUCCUUCGAAGGGUUGGGGAAGAGCUCACAGAAGAGCUGUAUUAAAAUGGUACGAAGAAAAAUGUAAAAAUCCUGAGGGAAUCGCGCGACUUUUGACGAAAUAUAAAUCACGUAAAAUGGUUACAAAUGAAGGAAAAGGCAAAAGAUGGUCUCAUAAGGACAUUUUUCGACUUGGUCAUCCUUCUUCAGAUGAUGAGUUGAUGAAAGUGGUGUGGAAAUUUGUCCUGUAUGGCUUUGAGGAGGCUAAAUGUCUGGCGUCCGAGGAAACAAAGAAUAGUGAAAGAGUAAGGAAGUUUUUGACAUAUAUAGAAGGAACAAUCAAAGCAAAGAAAUGCACUGAUGAAGAUGAAAUGGUUGACCUCAUAAAAAGGCAUGGUUUGGAAAAGGAACAUGUUCCGACGGCAUUGGUGAACUCGAACCGCGUUUGGGAAGCAAUUAUUAAGAAUAUGAAACCUGAAGCUAAGAUUCGUAAUAUCUGUAUGAUAUCUUCCAAAGGAUUUUGUGGUGAAGAUUCUGAAAUAGAAAAGGAAAUAAUAGAGACGAUAACCAAUGCUGAUAUCUUAGAUCGUGCAAGGGUGCAUCCGAUUAGGGUGCUGUCGGCGUUAUUGACCUACGAAAAAGGAGAGAGAAAGGACCGCUCCAGAGCCAAGAAUACAAAAGAAAAAUGGGAAGUCAAUAAAAACAUCGUCAAGGCGCUUAACAAAGCUUAUGAGUUAUCUUUUCAGAACGUCCAACCAACAGGGAAACGAUUCUUGCUUGCGGUCGAUGUCAGCAAGAACAUGAGAGUUCCCUGUAAAGGUUGUCCUGCAAUCAUGUGUAACCAGGCUGCAGCCUCGAUGAUGAUGAUGACAGCUCGCACCGAGCCAAAUUGCGAGAUUUUCGGGUUCUCUGAGAGUUUAACACAAAUACAUAUAGAUAAGGAAGACACGCUUUCUCAAACUGUUGAGAAAAUGGAUGCGCUUCCAAGCGGAAAGGCCGACAGUGCUCUACCAAUGCUUUGGGCAGAACAAAACAAAAAGAAAAUUGAUGUUUUUAUCGUGUAUACUGACAACAUUCCUACAGAUGGACAAACUCAUCCGUCAAAGGCAUUGGAGGAAUACCGAGCAACAAUGAAUAAACCUGAGGCGAAACUAAUUGUGGUGGCAAUGGCAUCGAAUCCUUAUACAAUUGCAGAUCCUGCGAAAAGUGUUGUCAUUGGUUCUGAAGAAGCUACGACACGUGAUUACAGAGAGAUUAACAUCGUCGGCUUUGAUGCUGACGCAGCCAUAAUUAUGGCAAAGUUCAUUCGAGAUGAACUAUAAAUUAUGCACAAAAUGUUAUAAAUUUGCAGACUGUAUUGCAUUUUAAAUUACCUGAUGAGACUAGACUGGACUGCCUUGAACCAAACAAAGUACAAGGAUGAAGAUGUUUUAACAGUUAUCAUUGUAGCAUCUCUACCAUAUUUAAGCGCUUUCAUAUAACAACACACUUUGAACCUUGGACAGAGAUAUCUGCACAGGAUGGUGUUUACUUUGGAGACAUUGUAAAUUGGAACGAUUGGGAGUUUUGCUUACUAAACAUUCAAUCUAUAUCUCAUUUUAGUUUACUGUGUAUCUUCAUUUCUUUACCAAUAUAAUAUUUACAUAGAAUAUGUGUAUCAGUGAGUUCUCAUUUAAGUUCGAUUGUGAGCCAGAUCAGAUUUCUAGAGUUAUGUACCCCUAUAUAUAAAAAUGUCAUAUUUUAUCAUGUUUGCUCUCUAGCAUUUUCAUUUUGUUUUUCACCCGUAUCAUAUUUACGCAGAUUAUAUAUACCUGUAAGAUUUCUGACGACUCAUUUCAACAAGGCUAAAUAGGAGGGACACAAAGUUUGAUUAAAAUAAUUUUUCUUUAGAAUAAAAUUUCCAUAUUAUUUUAUAUCAUCUUAUAUAAAAGAAAUCAAGAGACAAUCACGCCCCAAUCGGGGAUCGAACCCGGGCCACCGCGGCAAUUAUUAUAUUCCUGCCUUCUUAUACACCACAGAGGAACACGUAUCUGCCAAGGGUUAAACAUAAAGAUAAAUACUUAAGGUAGUUAACCUCUUGUACCCUUUAAAUAGUCUUUUCUAUAUUGGAUGGAAAAAUAAGGAAAAAAAACUAAUUCUCACGUGUUUCUAUAAGCUUUCUUAUUAGAUUUAUAAACCCAUAAGUGAUAUCCACUAAAAUCGAAAACUUGAAUCCCAGGUUAAAUAUAAAUUUAUAGACUUCUUUUUUUUUUCAAUUUCAAAAUGUUGAAAGCAAGGAUCGAUUGGUGAAAUAGGGUUUUCAUAGCCUGUCACCAGACCCAAGGCGUAGCGUUAAUUGGAGAUUUUUUAUCAUAUUGCAUUAUGUUUUUAUCAAAUCUACAAUUAAGUCAAGGUCAAAGGCAUUUAGUUAGAUGCACUGUACGAUCUAUAAUAUAUAUUAAACUUCUGGUGUAAAACUGGACUUAUUAAACAUAAUGGUGUAAUUUUUGGCACGCUUGAGCAAAACUGAAGGAAAAAUAUCGAGAAAAUAGUGAGUGAUAAACUGAACAAUAAACUGAGCAAAACAAAAUCGCGGACAAUGAGUGAUGUGAAAUAGUUUUCUUUGUUUAUAAAAUUUUAUCAGUGCAUAGGUCUACAUUAUGUAUUUACUACGAAAUAUUUGCGUAUUUAUACGCUGCGAACAGAAAAAGGUAUGCCAAGAAAAGGUAGUGUUAAUGAAAUUUCUAAAAAGAGCAGCUCCAAAGAAAAAGAGAGGAAACAACGUUGUCGGAAAUAAAAGAGAGAAUGAACGAAAAACGGAGAAAGACGAUAUAGUUGAAGAAAGCGAAAAAGAAGUCAACAUUAAUCAUAUGAUGGUGCAGCAGUACACUAGAAAAGAACAUUAACCUAGUCUGCAGGAUCUCGUGACUCUGUUAACGUCAUUGGACAAGAAAAUAAACGCCUUAGAGUCUAAAGAGUAUAUCGAAAAUACAUUAGAAAAAAGAUUCCACAAUCUGGUGCUUAAAGACUUUUUAGAAGUAAAUUGCAAGAAUUAAAAGCCGAAAUCAGUAAAGACAUGUAAGGUCGGUAGAAACAAGAUAAAAGCUUCUGAAGAAGAAAGCGAUGAUUUAAAAAGUUAAUCAAAUCCAUGAAGACAAUGUAGACAUUACGAUAGUUGAAAGUUCCAUAGACAUCGAUCAUAGAUUGGACAGGUUUAGUUUAGACACAUACAAGCCAGUAAUUUGUAAAUCUGUGCGCAGAAAGGAAAAUAUGGAUGUUAUUAGUGCAAGAAAAAAACUAAAGGGUAGAAUUGUCGUCAUCAAAGAAGAUUUGACACUAAAAUGCAAAGUUACUCGAGACAUUGUCCGGGAAAGGGGAAGUCACUAACUGUUUGUAUGUCAAUGGUAAGGUUGUGGCAUUAUUAUAAAAUGGGAACAAAUUAAAAUGGACAUAUAUACAAACUUGACAAAACCAUUACUGAGAGAGUACAUCAAUGAUGACUAACUGAAACAUUUUUGAAAACAUUGUAUAAUUUAUCGCAGUGCUCUUACACGUGUUUAUUUACAUAAUUAUGCAAAUUUUCUUUUUUCAUUCAGCAAAGUAAUAAUGUGUUUGUAUCUGAUUGGUCAAUAAUCCAUGUUAUGUUUCCGUAAAGUGCUAUGCAGAAGGGUUGGACAAUUACUGAUUUGAUUGGUCGAUAUUUUUAAACGUGCAGUCAUCAAUUGGAUGAAAAACUUGAGAUGUAGCACAGACCAUUUUGUAAGUGCAGUUAAUAUGUUGCAAUUACGUUUUUUCUCGGAAAUUCACUACUGGCCACCGGUGAACAAACGCUUAUUGAGGUGCGCAUAAAACUGUGUUCAAUAUAUCUAAUGAACAUCAGUAUUUCCAGUAAGACGGUAUAUCGUUAUUGUCGCGCUAUUUCUUCGUUUGAUUUCUAUGACCUCGCAUAAAGAAAAGCAAAUUUUACGGUAAGCAUUGUUUGCCUUCCCACUUCGAGAUGUCCAGAUAUAAUCUCGAGAUCCAAGCACAAUGAAAUACUAAGAUAUGAACAUGAAUAUCUUAUGGUAAUAAAUAAAGAAAUGUGACACCUCAAUUACGUUGUCAUGACCGGUAGAUAUGUAGUUUAAAUACUUAAAAGCCUUAUCAACAUUUAAUAAAAUACACAUAUACAUGUUAAAGGAUAGGGAAAGCUUCACAAUAAGGUAAUUUCAGAUGAAAGCAAUCCUUAAGCCUUACACUAAAAUAUUUUUUAAAAAGAUAUGGGAGUUUGAAAUUAAUGAAAAUUGCUGAUCAUGUAGGCAGCCGUUUUGUGUGUUUAUGACGUCAUUUUCACACUGCUAAAUUCCUUUUUUAGCAAAUAACCUUUUAAGCAGAUUAAUUUUAUAUGUUUCUUGAGUGUUAAAAUGUAAAAACAUGGUAAUGUCUUUCAUAAUAAUUGGAAAAAUAAGGAGAAAUUAUUUUACAGAAAUAAGUAAAUACAGUUCAAAUAUAUGUCUAGAAAUUUAAUGAAUCCGCCAUUUUGUUUUUUGUUGCCAUGGAAACAAAAUGGCCGCCAUUUUAUUUAAAUAUUUAAAACGCUCAUACCUUUCUCAUUUUUAAGUCGAUUUUGAUUUUUUUUUCACUUCUUUAAAUGAUUAGAGAAAUCCCAGCAGAUUGAAUUAACAUAAAAAACAUUCUCUUUCCCUUUAAAUAGUUUACACAUAUCGCUAAAUUUGGAAGAAAGCAUGUUGUAAUAAUGACUUAUGAAUAAAAAGGAAUUAUUAAUUAUGUUAAUAAUAUAGUUUACACCUCAGUUUAGACUAUAUGUUUUAAAUGUACAGCUUAACAUAGAUAACUGAUUACCGUUGAUUAAGGUAGUUUUGCACGUUGUUUUUUUUAACCAAUAAUGUACAAUUUUAUUUAACCAUAUCUUUAUCCGAAGGAAAUACACCUUCAUUUCUCUGUACAUUUUAAUGAAACUUUUCAUAGUUUAAGUUUAACAUAUUUUAAUUAUAUGGCAGCAUAAAAUGUAUAGAUUCAUGUGCUUAAGUGAUCACAAUUUACCAUGAAAUCAAUUACAGUCUUUAAAGUUUUGCUUAUUUCAUGUUAAUAGUUUUAAUUGUUAUACAUCAAAGCCUAUCCCUAGUCAGAAUUAACGUUAAGAAAACCAGAGACGCUGACUGUUUGAAAUUUGAAUACACGAUAUAUUAAAAUAGAAUAUCGGCAACGAUUUUCUACCCAUAUAAUGGCCAUAAGACAUCACUCAGUUAACCAAACGUGCAGAACAACCUUAAUUGAAUAUUUUCAUGUUAGACCUCACAAUAUUACAAAGUUGUUAAUCGGAUUUGUCGCACGUUUUCUUUAUUAUUAUUGUUUCCCAUUUACACAGUCGAUCGAUCAUAAUUCUAGCCCUUGUUGUCUUAUGUGGACUUUGAUAACAAUAAAAACAUACAACGUACAAUAUUUGCACGAAUGCCUCAUGCUACGUUUUUUAUAAUUGUAUAUUAGUUCUAUUUCACAGUUUACAACAUUGUUCUAGAAUGUUUUGCCAAAAUCCAUUUAACCCCUACUGAAGUACGGAUUUAUAACAUUAAUCUACACAUAAUUGGUAAGAAGAAAUGCGUUUAAAUCCAUGUCACAUUUCUAUUUGUGUUCUUUUUAUUCAUAUUACUGGCGUCUGGUCCGAUUAACAAUUUUUCAACUUGUUUUGUUCUUUUGUAUUCCAUAAUUAUAUAAACAGGUGGUGGUGGUAUUUGACGUUAUUUUUUUUAUAUAUUUCUUAUAUUUAUAUUUGAUAUUAUGUAUUAUAUUACCGAGAUAUGAGAUGUUCGUCUUUUUAUAAAAUUUACAUCAGUUUACGUUUAAAUAUCCCUUGAUCAAGCCAGAAGUAAGCCAAAGACCAUAUAAAUCAAUUCACAAUUGAAGUUAUGGUAGUAAAUUUUAAGGGAUAUAUUACGAUAAUAUCAGAAUCAUAUUAUCAUUUUUUUAACUGACGGCAACGUCUUUAAACAAUCACGUUUCAUAAACACACAUUAAGUCAAUGUUAUAUGGGUAUCUAACAAAAUUCAUAAUAAUUCAUUAUAGUUCACUUCAGGCUGUUUCAUAUUAUUUUACAGGUUGCAGAGAAUUUUAUAUUGAUAAACACUGUAUAAAGACGAUUUUACUUACAGAAGAUAUUUUGAAAUAUUUGAUAAAAGUAUUGAGACAUGCGCCUAUCUAUGUCAUUUAGCUAAAAUAUAAAGUUAAUUCGUCACGUUAUGUUUGUAACUUUUUGAAUUUUAAUAAACUGGUAGGCGUUUGAAUCUCACCUCUCGUCUGUUGACCAUCCUUGAUCGUACCUUAGUCCGUCUUUCUUCCGUAAUCAACCAAUUUUAACUUAUUAUGGACAUCACAUCUUGAGUAAUAUUCAUUUAAACUUAAGUCUGUAUUGCAUAUGAGGUCAUUUUCUCAGUAGGUUGGUAUUGCUUCUAAUAACAUUAGAAUAAUAAAUUCCAAAGUAAUUAAAAGUGUUAGACUUUACAUUUGCUUAAGCAAUCUGUAUGAAACUUUCAUAGAAUGUACAUACUAGUGUGAUGGUUGAGCUGAUAUCUCCAGAAAUAUUCCAUUGAAUCAGUCAAAGUUGCCAUAUUUCAUAUUUAAGACUAAUGUUGGUUUGCGCAGUGUUCAUGGAUUUACGCAGAAUAUAUAUGGCCACAAAAUCACAGCCAAGUUAGGUAAUGGAUAAGAUUGCUACAAUAGCGUCAGAGUUAAAGUCCUUGAUUUCGGAUAAAAGUUCACUAAAGAGUUAUUUAUCAAACCUCCUAAGUAAUAGUAUUUACAAGUAUUCAGGUGAAUGAUGUAGAGUUUGAAUGGCCUUUUAGUUAAUCUUUUUAGCUAGUCAUGAAAGAUGUUACAAAUAUACCCUAGAUCUAUUUCAUUAAAACGUGCUAACUCUAUUCUAAGUAAUUAAGAGAUAAGAAUAAAUCUAAGAAAGACACACGUUGGGUUAAUUGGUUUAAAGGGACAGACGUCCAGAUCGUCUGACAAGACAAAAGAGAGGAAAGGUUAAGAUAUCAGGAAAAUAUUGCUAUAUUCAUUAAGAAGUCUUUGAAUCUGUUAGUCAUGGGGUACCAAAGGAACUGCCUUAAUUUUAAAGCUACAUGUAAACGGUUGUUAAGUACUAAUUUCUUAGUGUUGGAAAGGUUUAAUUGCCGAUGCAUCAGGAUUUCAGGACCAACUCAAACUUUUUCAUUUUUUGAUUUAGCAUUUUAAGACAGUUAAUGUUGAAAAUAUGACCAGAGUUCAAUUUUAAAGAAAUAUCGUUUCAGCCAAAAUGUGGAGUCCAGUCCCUUUAAGCUGUCUGGCGUACCCAAUUCUCGGUCGACAACAGGCUAGGCAUUCGUUGACCUCUCAAAACUGUUCGAAAUAGACAAAAGGCUAAUCAAGAUUCUUAAACAGUAAGAAUUCGGAUAAACUUUGGGAAAAUUAGGUUUAUAAAGGAAAGGUUCACAAACAAAAAGAAUUGUUUUAUAUUGAAUAAGCCGCAUUAUUUUUUUUAAUAACUGAGAGAUUAGAUAUGCUAAUUGUAAUUAAUUGGGCUGGCGCCACCAAAAUCACUCCUUUGUUUAAUAAAAGCCGGUAUGAAAGCCGGUUGUCAAUCACGUCACAGACAUUUAUCGGAUUAGGCGAAGCGAACUGGUCCCUUGUGUAAUGCAGUCAAUCCGUGUUUGAAUAAAUUGUAAACGUAGGUCCGUUUAAAAAUACUAUAUCGGUAGAGUUUUCUAAAUUUUUCUCCUUCCUCCAUGUCGGCUAAACUUUAAGCCUUACAAUCUUACUUUUGCAAAUAAAGAGGAAAUGUAUCUCUAGGAAUAUAUUGUGUACCUGUAGAAUCACUAGCAGAAGAUAAAAUGUAACUCAAGUUAGUUUUACUUGCAACUGAUGAAUUUGGAUCCAAUCAAUAAAGUAGCUCAUAAAAACCCAUGAAGAUUUUAUUUGGCAAACGUGUAUAUAUGAUUUUCAUUGUGAUCAUAACUAAACCAACAUUUGGGUAUAAGAAAACAUUAGGAACCGAUCUGUAUUUAUAUUUAAACUCUAAGAGCAAUAAAUUUAUUAUAUAGAAUAUCUAAUUUAUUGUAUUUUUUCUUAAAAAGAAUUUAUCUUGUCACAUUCUUCUUUGGUUUUUUUAUAUAUAAUAUAUUUAUGUUAGGAGUAUCCGGUGAAUUAGACAUUUAGAUAACAUACGUUGUGAUAUAUACCACCGAAAUCUUAAGUUAAUCUAUAUCCAGAGAUAAAUGUACAAGGGCUGCCCGCUUGACAAAGGGGAUAUUUAUACGGUAGAAAAGUUUUUACGUUGUAGUGACUUAACAGUCUAAAGCGCUGUAAAUUCUAAAGAAUCAUACUUUAAAUUCAAAGGAAAUAUUUUAUUUAGCGAACAUAACGAUAUAUCUGUAUUGGUUUUUAAAGAUUUACAUUUUUUCAAGGUUCUGGUCUAUAUAUUGAAUUGUUGAGCUUUAUAAUGGUAUUAUGUAGACAAUUGAGGAGUGAUAUGUUAAGUACUGUCAUUCUCGCACACCAGUUAUAUACCAUGAGCCCUGAUUGUUUAGUUUGUAUAUGUUUCAACCAGUCUGUGGCGUUUCAUAAAAACUUUUUGAGAACCAUUCAUAAGUGUACGAGUAAUGCGUUAAUGCUUCUGUUCAAAACCUACAACAUAUUUAUGUCUAAAAGAAACGAUAAACUGAGUAAUUUUUUAUUGUUUUUAUUGAUCGCAUUUCCUGUCGGCUUUACUCUUUGUCAGUAAGUGUUUUAGAUCUUGCCUGAAUUUUCAAUUCGACGGGCCGGACAUAAAAAUACAUAGACAGGCAGAGACCACUCCUGUGAUUAAUAAUGAGUAAAACGAAAGAUCUAAUCAAUCUGUUGGACGAGAAUGUAACAUUUUAGACAACAAAUACGUGCUAAAAUAUAAAUUAUUUCCAAAUCGAGCGCUCCUUUAUCAUUUUCAGUUUACUAUUCAUAAUUAAAAAUUAUUACGCACUGAAAUAAACUGUAUGCUUACAAUAAA